AUGCUACACGCAAGUGCUGUGGCGGGAGCUUGCGCUGGAUUGGUUUCAUCCAUCGUUACAUGCCCAUUAGACGUUGUCAAAACAAAAUUACAAGCACAAAGCGGACCAUCAAGACCUUUACGAUCAGGAUGGAGCGGACCAGCAGGACAUCCCAAUGGCGGAAUAGGAGGCGGAGCGGCAAGAGAAGCAUGGGAAAAGAAGCUACUCGAUCAAGCACGUAUAAAAGGCGUUUCGGUAGCAGAGAUCAGUAGUCAAUACGAAGGUUUAUCGGGAACAAUGCGAAAGAUUUGGACAGAGAAUGGAGUGAAAGGAUUUUACAGAGGUCUAGGGCCAACGAUAUUCGGGUAUUUGCCAACAUGGGCAAUAUACUUUACAGUAUAUGACCAAUGCAAAACAUUUCUUGCUACAAACUUCAAUCCAACCGGAGAGGAAGACUUUAUCAAUCAUAUCUUUAGCGCAAUGACUGCUGGACUGGUGAGCACGACUUGCACAAGUCCAUUGUGGGUUGUCAAGACGAGAUUCAUGCUACAGUCUGUCAAAGACCCAUCGACCCGGCCUUACAGGCAUACUGGAGAUGCAUUUGUUCAAAUAUACCGCACAGAAGGAUUACGAGGAUUUUAUCGAGGACUAUUGCCUAGCUUGUUUGGUGUAAGCCAUGUAGCUGUACAAUUUCCACUGUACGAGAAAUUCAAGGAAUGGGCACGAGAACAGAAUGAUACCGACGAACUCACGCCAAGUUCAAUCUUGCUUUGCAGUAGCGGAGCAAAGAUGAUUGCUUCAAUGUUGACCUAUCCACACGAAGUGUUGAGGACGAGACUACAGAUGCAACCGAGAAUCGUUGGCUCAGUGGCUUCGACGCCAUCUGCAGCACCGGCGAACGGAGGGCUUGAAGGGAAGGUAUCGCACGAGAGAGGACAAAGUGGAAAUCGAUAUACCGGAGUUUUGCAAGCAUGUGCAACAAUUGCCCGAGAAGAAGGUUUGAGAGGAUUUUAUAAAGGAAUGGGAGUAAAUCUUAUUCGGACCGUUCCAAGUUCAGCUUUAACGAUUUUAACGUAUGAAGUUAUGAUGCAACAUCUUACAAAUACUGAUCAUGAACCUGAAGAAUUAAACGAUCACAAAGAUGAACGGUAA